AGAAAGGUUGAAAGGAAGCAACUCCGUUUUUUAUCGACGGAGGUCGGUGUAAGAACACUCGUGCGUUACUGAGAAAGUGUAUGACAAUCGUGUGUUUGCAGAGGUCAAAGACUAAGAGCCAAUUUAUCACAUUUACUCAGAAACAAGGAAAAAUAUGGAAGCAAUUUUAAAUCCUAAAGAAUCUGCCAAGAUUAUAGCAGAAAACAGCAAAGAUGUGUACAUUGAAGAUAAUGGUGUUCAAAAGGUUGCAGAGAUGUUGUUUGACAAAGUUACAGAGAAAGAAUUCAGUGUGGCUGGCUGGAAGUCUUCCCAUGAGUUAAACCCUCAAGCAGCAAGUGAAGAUGCAGUGAACUGGGUGUUCGUUACUGAUGCGCUCAAUUUUUCCUUUUGGUCUGAACACGAAGACCAUAAAUGUUUGGUGAAAUACAAAGGCAAGAGUUAUAGUGGCUAUUGGUCUCUUUGUGCUGCCAUCAACAGAGCAUGUGAUGAAGGAAUACCCAUUACUAGUGCUUCUUAUUAUGCCACUAUGACCCUGGAUCAGGUGAAGCAUGCAUUUCGCUCUGACACAGAGGCGCCCAUGCCUUUAAUCGAGGAGAGACAUCAUGUGCUAAAUGAAGCUGGAACUAUUCUCCUGGAGAAAUUUGGGGGCUCCUUCCUCACAUGUGUUAAGAAAAGUGGAAAAAGUGCCCAGAAAUUAUUACAGAUAAUAGUGGAAAAUUUCCCAUCUUUUAGAGAUGAGGCUACAUUUCAGGGUAGAAAGGUGGCUUUUUACAAACGGGCACAGAUCCUUGUGGCUGACACCUGGAGUGUGCUGGAAGGGAAAGGAGAUGGCUGCUUCAGUGAUAUUUCCACAAUGACUAUAUUUGCCGAUUAUAGGAUACCACAAGUUCUUGUUCAUUUAGGAGCAAUGAGAUAUUCAGAAGAACUAAUGAACAAACUUAAGAAAGGGCAUAUGUUCCAGUUUGGAGAAAAUCAUGAAGUGGAGAUUCGAGGUUGUACUAUUUGGUGUUGUGAGCUUAUUUGCAGAGGUUUGCUUGACCUUUAUAAAAAGAAAGGUGAGAACAUGAGUGAAAAGAUCAAUGCAGUUCUCAUUGAUUAUUAUCUAUGGGACUAUGCUCGGAAUCAUCGAGAAGAUAUGAAAGGAGUACCUUUUCACCGUGUACGUUCCAUAUACUAUUAAUACCAUUUACAAAUUAUAGUGAUAUAAAGCAUCAAAUUCUAAAUUUUUUAUAUAUACUUUUGAAAUUUUACAAAAAUUUUGGCACGGCUGCCCAUGUAUUCACUUGCCACCUAAGAUUCUGAUCUUUAAUGUCCACUUUACCAGAAGAAAGGCAUUUUCCUGCAUAUGCAUAGAUUCACAUUCUGAUUCUGUAAGUAAUAUAUUCAUUUAAUAUGUUUGAUUAAAAAGGUGUGAAAUAGUGUGUAAAGAAUCUGGAUUAUAUAUAAAAUCAAAAGAUACUUCACAAA